AUGAUCCGCAAGAUCUUUACCAUUGUCCUGCUCUCAGUGUUGACAGCGGCAGCGCCAGUCCCGGCGAAAACUCCCGAAAUACAAGAAAUAGAUCCCUGGGCACCAAACUCCCAUCCGAAAGAGGAGGGCACCGCGAUUCUGCUCAGAUGGACGGAGCAUUCCCCAGAGCUCUUGGCAGCCCUCUUCGGCGUCUUUAUGGCGGCCAGCGCUUGGCUGGUCCUCUGCAGACUCUUUCACCUCUGGUGCACAAAUAAAUUGGCUCCGAAACUCCAACUCCCCUCGCAACUCCUACUCCCACUCCCAUGA